GCGCAUGCGCAAAUCUGAAUUAGCACGGAAGCAUUAUUCGUUGUAACACCGGUCGCAGGUCGGGCACAGUAGGAAAACGUGACGACGGGUGGGUUUUUGUGUCCAAGUCGAUGUUUAAUAAUAAAUGACCGGUUGAGGGUUGAUUCAAUAUUCUUUAGACUUUGGUUUCUUCUUUUUGUUGUCUUCUUGUAUCCAUUAAAUUGAGUAUAUUGACCAGUUUGUUAGAGGUAGACCUCGUUACGCGUUAAAAUGUUCCUCAGCGUAAUUAGCGUGAUUAAACUGCAGCUGUGUCUCGGUCUGAUAACUCAGCACUCACUAAAAUAAGGGGAGUAUCCACGGAGAGAGAUGGGAGGGGUGAAUCGGUGAAGAAAAAAAAUCCUAGGGCGUAUAAGGAAGUUAUUUCAAACGAGGGAAAAAAGAGGUCCGAGCUCCUCAGAUCAGGUCUGAAAAAAGCAGGAAUUAACGCUCCGAAAAUGCCCGCUAAGAAAGUCUGCAUCGUUGGAUCUGGAAACUGGUAAUUUCUCCUUCUAUUGCUCAUAUGCAUCUUCUCAUAACCAGCCCUCUACUUCAGCCCCUCAGUAACAGAAUGUACUCAAUGCUGACAAUAAGUUAAAGCGGAUUUGGAGUCUUGUGUGUAAUCCUGGUAACAUCUAUGAGCUGAUAUCAUUUAUGAAAUUGAAAAAGCUGCUCUGGAUUCAGCCUCUCUUCCCCCUUUUGACUGCAGCUCACAUUUUGUUCCAGACUGCAGGAUUAGGCUGCAUGCUGCAACAUGAAGACUGUCCACAGUCAAGUGUUUACAGUAUGCAUGCAUUUUUCUGCAAGUAAAAACAACCUCUGACCUGAUUUUAAGACAAAACUUGCUCUCAAACAUGGCUAAAUUCACUAAAGUUGGAUUAGAUCCAUAAUAAUCGACCUUUAGUGCAUCUUUUCGACUCAAAUAUGACACUUUCUGCAUGUCCUUCCCUCUUUCAGGGGCUCCUCCAUCGCCAAAAUCAUCGGCAGCAAUGUCAAAGCCAACAACCGCUUCGACCCCAUGGUGAACAUGUGGGUCUACGAAGAAAUGAUCAACGGGAAGAAGCUCACAGAGAUCAUCAAUACGGAGCAUGAAAAUGUCAAAUAUCUACCAGGCCACAAGCUGCCCAGAAAUGUGGUGAGUGUCCUCUACCAGAGAGUUACACAGUUCAACUCCAUAUCAAACUGAUAAGAUAACUCACCUUUGAAUCUGACGUCUGUGUAACUAAAUCAAACUAAAAACAACUUAGACAAGUAUUUCUCCUGUAAAACUCUUUCUGUAUGACCAGAAGUCCAAAAAAGUUUGUAAAACAUGAAUAAAAACAGAAUUUGAUGGUUUACAAAUCACUCAAGGCAAUGGUGCAAAGUUCACAUAUCAGACUGAAACAAAUAAAAAUGCUCAUGUAAGAAAAAGUUUAGACAGGGAUGACAAAACACUAAAAAUCUCUAUAAAAAAAGAGAAAGAGUGAUGACUGAUUCUGGGUAGCUGUGAUUUUUCAGAUGCUGACGUUAAAAACAGACACGACUCUGUAGUGACAGUCGCUGCAUUGGCUCAAAAUCGCAUAAUCGGUGAACAGCUUGUCUCUUUUGAUUGAUUGAUUGAAGUUUAUUUCGAAUAUGCAAACCAAAAAUAUGAAAAAAUAAAACAAGAAAAGAAAGGCAAAACAUUUAAACAUAAAACAUAGAAAUACAUCACCGAAAAGUUGUGAGAAGAAGAAUAAGUUAUGAACUCCCACCCCUUCCCUUUACCCACACCAAGCUUCUUUGCAAUUUGUUUAGAUGUAUUAUGAUAUUAUUAUGAUAAAUAAAGUACGUUCAUGAUUUUGUAUUCAUGACAAAAUCUACAUCCACUUAAUACAGCACACACAUCAAAACAACAAAACAAAAUAAAACAAGAAACAAAGAACCCUCUUCAUCCUCUGUUACAGGUCAAAACGGCACCAUCCAAAAGAAAACAUGUAGAAAUAUAAUCUAGAAAGUCAAAAUCUGAUGUUUUAUUGGAAAUCAUGGACCAGAGAUUUUAAACCGACCAGUUCAGAAUGUUUUCAUGACGAUGGCUUUUCAUUGGUUCAUUUUUUUUGUUGGUAUUUUUUCUGUUUUUUUAAUCUCUUCAUCCUCCUGAAAGUGACUCUGAUGUUACUUUGUUAUUUUAUGGUCCGUGUAUUAUCUGUCUAUUCAAUCUAGUGAACGAAAAAACAAGUCAAUAUUUUGUUUAUUUGUUUUUCUAUAUAACCAAAAAAUCAAAGAUUAGCGUUUGUUUUCCUGUUCUCAGUUCAAAACAGAAUAUAUAAUAGAGAAGGAAACCAAAACAAGAUAAUAAAUCUACUUUCCGUUUUCGGGUAAAUGUAGUCAACAACCUGGACCAAAACCUCCAGGCCAGAGCGGUAGAGAAAGGCUAACCUGUUGUCAUGGAGACGGACACAUCCUAUGUAUUAUUCAAAGCCGUCAGGAGGGUCACGCUGAAGGAGGAAGAUAUGACUGUAGAAAAAAGUACAACCAGAGCUCUGUUACAACAGAAGAUUUUGGCGCUCGAAACGCAUCUUUCGCCAUGGUAACGGUCGCUGAGGAUCAUGGGAGUGGCCAAAGUAGCCUCAAAACAGGCGCACUCAAAAUCAAAAAUCAUAAAUAUGAUUUAUUAUUUCGUUUUUGUUUCCUUCUCUAUUAUUUAUUCUGUUUUGAGCUGAAAAUACGAAAACAAACACUAUUUUUUAAAAUUUUUUGGUUUUACAGAAAAAGAAAUAAACAAAAUAUCAACUCGUUUUUUUGUUUUUCGUUUACUAGAUUAAAUGGAAUAAUUGAAUGGAUGGAUAAUACACAGACCUUUUACUUGCAUUUAAUAAAAUAUCUGUAAAAAUGAAAUAAUUUGGGGGACAAUAAUGAGAAAUCCUGAUGACUUUCCUGAAUUUUUACCAAAACAGAAAGAAUAAUAUGCAGUUUUACUUCCUGUUUACACUCCACACAUGAUCUGAUCUUCAUAAACUGUUUAUUAUAAUCAUUAAAAUGAUCAUUGAUUAUUAUUUUUUCAGGACAGUCCAUCAAAAGUUAAAAAAAGAAAGCGAAAAGUAGAGGAAUCUGCCAUCUUGGGCUUGUUUCCUGUUCAUAUCUGAUCCUGUAUUUAUGUCUUUGUGCUUUGACGAACUCUAAGGUCUCAUUUUGCGUCCUCAGAUCGCCGUGCCGGACGUCACAGAAGCGGUCAAAGGAGCGAAGAUCCUCAUCUUCGUCAUCCCACAUCAGUUCAUCAGUAAACUCUGCGACCAGAUGAAACCUCACAUCAGCGAGGGAACCAUCGGGAUAUCGCUCAUCAAAGUAAGAUCCUGUCUUUGUUCGCCAAAAAGAGGAAACGCUCCGUCACGAGUUGUUUUUUUUUUUCCCCUGUGGUUUGGCGUUGAGAAAUAAACAGUUGCCACGGUGACAGGCUAUGUACUGACAUGUCUUUUUGCAGGGUGUGGAUGAGGGACCAGACGGGCUGAAGCUCAUCUCUGACAUCAUCAGAGAGAAACUGGAGAUCGAGGUCAGCGUGCUCAUGGGCGCCAACAUCGCCAGCGAGGUGGCGGAUGAGAAGUUUUGUGAAACGACCAUCGGUUAGAUUUCCUCUCUGUCUUUUUAAAAGUGUUUUGCAAUCAGCUGCAGCCGUUAAAAAUAGGACGCCGUCUCACUUCUCCUAUUUGUCUUUUUUGUUUUUUAAAAUGAAGGAGCCAAAAAUGAGUCACAUGGCGCCAUCUUCAAAGAGCUGCUUCAAACGCCAAACUUCCGCAUCACCGUGGUGCAGGAGAGCGACACGGUGGAGCUGUGCGGCGCUCUAAAGGUGAAAAAAGGUCAUUUACUCUGAUAUCAUGGUUAUUGUGGAUGUUUACGUCUACACGCAAACUUGACUCUCGUUCGUAUCCUGUCAGAAUAUCGUGGCGGUCGGGGCAGGAUUCUGCGACGGCCUCGGUUUCGGAGACAACACUAAAGCGGCGGUGAUCCGGCUCGGUCUGAUGGAGAUGGUCGCCUUCGCCAAGCUGUUCUGCAAAGGCCAGGUGAGCUCCGACACUUUCCUGGAGAGCUGCGGCGUGGCCGACCUCAUCACCACCUGCUACGGAGGGCGAAACCGUAAAGUGGCGGAGGCCUUCGUCAGAACGUCCAAGGUGACUAUCCCGUCUAUCACGCCCCCUUAGAUCACUAAUCCAAACAUGGCGUUAACGCUCUCUGUCUGAAGUCUAUCGCAGAGCUGGAGGCAGAAAUGCUGAACGGCCAGAAGCUGCAGGGUCCUCAGACCUCGGCUGAAGUCUACAAGAUCCUCCAAAAGAGGGACAUGGUGAACAAGUGAGUCUGUCUACAGUCUGCUUUUACUCUCAAUCAAUCAAUCAAUCAAUCAAUCAAUCAAUCAAUCAAUCAAUCUUUAUUUUUAAAGCACUUUUCAUACAUAGAAUGCGAAGUGUUGUUUAUUCAAGCAGGAUAUUAAAAAACAAUGAAAUAAAAUAAAUACAAAUACAAAUACCAAACCCGCCCACCCUCCUGACCCCCAUUCAACACAUCCAGCACUCACACACACCGAGAAGAGCUUUGAAAACUAAUAAAAGAACCUUCAAAUUGACUCUAAAAGACACGAGUCGUCCGUCUAAACCAGGACCCUGAAAGUCCACCAUCCUCUUUUAAUCUGACUCUGAGUUCUUGUCCUCCUCCUCCUCUUCUUUAGGUUCCCGCUGUUUUCUGAGGUCUACCAGAUCUGCUUUGAGGGCAAAGAGGUGAGAGAGUUCAUCACCUGUCUGCAGAACCACCCGGAGCACAUGUGACGGGUCCAAACACACUCACUGCUGCACCUUCAGUAACAGUUUACUACCACUAGAGGGCGCAAGAGAUUCAUCAGGCAGACACGCACAAUGCAACAAGGGAAACUCCAACCAAGUGCACUUUUACUUUUUCUGUUUGUCACACGUCAGAACGGGGUCUUUAUACUCACGGUGUUAAAAGCAUUUAAUUCAUCCUCCUCUUUUUGACUUUUAACUUUUAACUGGAAGUGUUUUAAUCGUCAAACUUUGACCAGCUGCAGGUUUUCUUCAUCCAACAGCAGAAACUUUCAAAUCUGUUGAAUCCUGGGGAACUGUUUUUACUCUUCACUACAUGAAACUCGAUCAUCUUUAAAUCUAAAUCAAGGUCUAUUUUAUAUCUGUGAUCGUUUUAUUUCUCAAUAAAAUCAGUCCAUGACGAUCCUUA